CAUUCUCUACCAUAAAAAGUCACGUGACAUGAAUUGUUUGUUAGGAAACCUUUCAUUGGUCAGAUGCGUCAACAUUUCUUUCGUUUAGUGUAUUGGAAAGAAAUCAACUCAGAGAAUUUGUGUAAACAUUCCAGUUUUCCGGGUUAAUUUUACUUUAUGAAGGAGACUAGGCCUCAAUAACUAAAUAUAUGAUUUAUUUACGGGCAAUUAGCUGAUAGAAAUGGGAAAACAGAGCAGCAAGCUCAAACCAGAAGUACUUCAAGAUUUGAAACAAAAUACAGAAUUUUGUGAAGAAGAACUUCAAGAAUGGUACAAAGGAUUUCUCAAGGACUGUCCUAAUGGUCAUUUAUCUGUAGAGGAAUUCAAGAAAAUCUAUGGCAAUUUUUUUCCAUAUGGCGAUGCAUCUAAAUUUGCGGAACAUGUGUUUCGAACUUUUGAUACAAACGGUGAUGGUACAAUAGACUUCCGAGAAUUUAUCUGUGCUUUAAGUGUAACAUCUCGGGGAAAACUUGAACAAAAGUUGAAAUGGGCCUUUAGCAUGUAUGAUUUAGAUGGUAAUGGAUAUAUAUCACGCCAAGAAAUGCUAGAAAUAGUAACUGCAAUUUACAAGAUGGUUGGGACUGUGAUGAAAAUGCCAGAAGACGAAUCAACACCUGAAAAACGAACAGACAAAAUAUUCCGUCAAAUGGAUAAAAAUGCAGACGGACAAUUAUCCCUGGCGGAAUUUAUUGAAGGGGCAAAAAGUGAUCCUUCAAUUGUACGACUUUUGCAGUGCGAUCCUAAUUCCCAAGGUUGACUUUGACAACAAGUUUUUUUUGAUUUUUUACACUUAUUUUUUUUAUCAGAAGGACGACAAUGAGAACUAUUUAAAUCUUUAUAUGUUGAACAAAUUUAUUCAUUGAGAGAUUGUGAUGUACAUUUUCCUUUCUUAUUGUUAAAUUAAUUCCUUCAACAGUCAUGUGAAUAACAGGAUUGUCAAAUCUAUUAAUCUUUUUAUAUUUGUGUUUUCUUCUUAUUGUUAUUCAUCUACUCAGAUUUGAGACAAGCAUAGGUCCUUCAUUGGUUCAUAGUGCCCCAGCUGGAUUGGGCUCUGCAUUUUAUAACAAAUGUGAAAAAUAGAAAAUAUUGUUUGUCCACACUUUGUAUCUACAAUUCCUCAUUGAAACACUUGAUGGAUUUCUAUCUGUCAAAAUAUUUUCAUUACCCAGUGGCAUUUACAUUUUCUCUUUUAUUAUUUUAUUCAUUUGAUUUAUGGUAUUUUUUUAUUGCCAAAUAUGAACUUUGACCAUAACUUUAAACACAGAGACAAGGGGUUAGGAUGCUCUAAAAUUGUUAAUUCAUAUCCUUAAACACAGGGAGUAGGGCAUGUAGGGUAGGGGAUGGUCUGCCAUUGUUAAUUCAUAUCCUUUUGCACAGGGAAAUUUUGACUCUCUCAUUCUUAGGAUGCUCUUUCAAUAUCAAUAGUUUUUUUUUUACGCCUUUUCAAAUUGGCUGUUAUGUGACAAUAAGUUCCUGACUAAGGAUUAUUAAUCAUUCAAAAGAGAAAUACAAUGGUCUGUUGUACCAGAUUGAUCAAAAGCCAAACAUGAAAUCUGUUAUGGCAAACAACCACUAUACAGCAAGCUCCUAGUUUUGAACAGGCACAUAAUGAAUGACUGGGUAAUUUUUACCUGUUUAUAAAACACUAAAACCUCCAUCUAACCUGGGACAGUUGUGUAACAGUAUAACAAUAGAACAAACUAUAGAAAUGAGUUGAAAAGGAACUAGAAUAGUUAGAUCUGUAUUAGACACACAAAAACAUCUACAAAAUGACAAAAGACACAAAGUUCUAGCCUUAGAGCAUGCAGUUACUACAAGCUAGUUGAAAGCCCAAUUUCAACCAAUCAAUGGACAAUGUUAACGUUUGAUAUUUUUUUCAUAUGUCAACUUAGGUUUUGGGGUAAUAAUUGAUUUCAGGCCUGCAGAAGAUAAUUUAAAAAUUUGUGUGUUUUUUUUUUUUAUCAUUUAUAAAUAGUCUACAUAACGAUUAGGUCUUAAAAGACAAUCUCUGUUUGGAUUUUCAUGAUGUUAAGGUUUUCAUUUAGAAAGUUGAAAGUCCCCAACAAUUACAGAAGUAGUUUUAACUGCAGUUUGCUUUUAAUGGUAAAAAUAUUUGUCUGUAUCUGUUAGUGAGUGUGUUACUUUGUCACCACUGGUUUUCUGAGAGGGUUUGUCUUAAAGCUUUAUACUUGAUAGUAUUGUUUAUCAUCUUACAUUAUUCACUAUUCCCUUUCACAAUUCUUAAUUUGACAAUUCACAAGACUUGGACCAUUAUUGACCCUUUUAAUGAUACCUUGAGACCAUAUGUAUAAAAGCUGUCAUUCAUUGUAAAAUACUCCAUUAUGUGUACAGUUGACCGUACUGUAUGGCCAUUCUGGUUUAUUAUUUUUUUUGAGAGAACUGAGACUUUCACCAAUUUAUGGCCUCUUGUAACUUAAUUGCAUCCUUGAAUACUUAGAGCAUUUGUCUUUGAAAACUUUCAUACACAGUCAAACUUUUUUUCUGUUGUGUAGAUGGUUAUACAGUAGCACACUUAUUUGUUUACAUUUUAUUGGCACUUUUUUACACCAAGAUGGUACUAUGAAAUAAAAUAGUGUUGGAAUUGUGAUGAUACAGUGUUGGAAUUAUUUUUUAUUUGAAAUCUUAUCUAUUUAACAAAAAAAACUUUAAUUAAAUUUGUAGUUUGCAAAACGUAGAAAAUAUAUUCAUUGUCAGAAGUCAUUAAAAAAGUCUUUUAUAUUGAGUGCAAAAAUUGGAAGCAUCCAUAACAACUUAAUUUCAGUUUGACUUUAAUAAUGUCACAUAAACAUAUACAUUCUUUGUUUUAAUAAAAUGCUGACAUUUCUAGUACCCCAAUUUUUUGUCUUCUGUUUAUUCUGUAAGAAAUGAAAUAUUGGAUGGAAAAUGCAUUGCAAAUAGUUGUUCUAGUAACUAGAUGGCCAUUGCUAUAUACUACCAUAAGAGUUUGAUAAAAUUUUAUGAGUUAUGGAACUUUUACCAUAUUUUAUUUAGCCUAUUGUAACAGAAUAGUACCUUUUAAAUAUUAGUUCUCAGAUAAUUUUUCCCGGAAAGACUAUAUUGUAAAUGAGAUUGUUUGUCAUCAUGUGAAGUUGACUUUGAUGUGUCAACAUUUUGAUUUAAAAAAUAUAUGAGGUAGUUGUUUGACUUUUCCAAUUUUUUGGCCUAUUCAAGUAGUAUUGUAAGAUAGUGAGACACUUUGAGACCAUCCUUACCCCUGCAAUUAUCUGAAAUUUAGUUACCCCGGGAUUUAAUUUAACAAGAAAAUCUAAUAUGAUGCCAAAAAUGUUAACAAUGGUUGCUAAAUGAUGACAAUGAUCAUAUUUCUAGGUAACAAUAAGGGCAUAAUUACAAAAUGUACAAUGUGUGAACUUGUUGGUUUGCUGUCUACUCUUAAGAAUAUUAUAUAUGAUGUAUUAUGAGCUGCAGGCAACAUUUAUUUGUGGUAAAGCAAUCUUGUUUUUAUAAAAUUUGUACAUAUGUAGGUAAACUAUCCUUUUGAUUUAUUUGAAUUUGUCAUUCCAGAGAUUAUGAAACUUCAUUUAUUAAAAAUUUGUAAUUAUUA